CCGUGCAGCAAUGGGAUGGCUUCCAGUCUUUAACAACCCGUGGUAUGCGCCUUUGCACGCAAUGGAUCUUGCUUGCACAGAGCCAACUACAUGUAAUGUUCUGAGUGCUGAGAGCCUACUCCGCGACGCCUCCUGGGGAGUUGAAAGGCUGGUGUGGCAAGCACAUGGUCGCGGAACCUGGCCUGAAUGCGGCCUGUUCCACCCUUUGAUAUCGCUUCUACGGACUGACAGCGAUGGUGUGGCCGAUCAAUACCUGCAGCGCACCAGGCUCGCCCACUACACAGAAGUUACUACCUCCACGGUACGCCCCAAUUUUCCAAGGCUGUGAUAUCACGUACCGGUUUCGACGGGCCGUUUACUAGAACGCCACCACCUAAUUUGAUCUCAUUUAGGGACUGCUGAUAUGACCAAAGUGAAUGGGGUUAUGAAAAUCGAAGAGAUCGUUCACACUGAGGCUCCGCGAUUGUUGAUCCUGUUCAAUCAGGGCCAACAGGAUGUAGUCAUCACAGCAGCCGAUAUACUGGGACAGAAGCACACAACAGUGACAUAUCUGGAGGCUGUUGCAGGACAACCAGAUAGCACUAUCGUUGGCCUAGAACAUGGCUCCGUAUCGAAUCCGGAAGAUAUACAGAGGAUUAACAGGAUGGUUAUCACAGCACAUUGCAUUGACGAAGAGGACGCGAGAAUCCAUGGCUUGACCGCGCUAUGCGAUCAUGAGUAUCUAUACACCGCACGACAGCCAGCACGGCGGGAUCUUGCGCGCUUUCUUGGCCUUGUACUUGGACAGACUAAGCCACACGAUGAUCUCCGGAAGAAAGGGCGGACGACCUUGCUAUCUACGACAUUUCCUGACAUUCGCGCGGCCCUCCCAAAUCUCGACAUCCUCUCUGUCGGUGCAGACUCGGUUGAGCUACGUGUAGACUUGUUGGAAGACCCUUCAAUAUCGAGGACAGGUCAUGAGGUUCCCAGCCUUGAAUAUGUUGGCGAGCAGGUGAUGCUAUUACGCCAGCGUACAGAGUUGCCAAUAAUAUUCACUACUAGGUGUACGAAGGAAAACGGUCGGUUUCCGAUGGACGACCCGAUGCUAUUCUACAAGUAUCUUCGGAAGGCGAUCCAAUGGGGCUGUGAGUAUAUCGAUGUCGAGCUUUGGCUCCCAGAAGAGAUCAGACGUAAGUUGGCGUCCGAGAAGGGAAGCAGCAAGAUCAUCUCCGCUUGGCACGAUUUCAGCGGGAAGUUCAAGUGGAGUUCAGCAGAGGCCCAGCAGCUCUUCAAGCAAGGAGCAGUGUACGGCGACAUUGUGAAGAUGAUCGCUUUAAUCAAUACGACCGAAGAGAACUACGAGCUUGAAUACUUCCGAUCGGUAAUACAGACGACGUACUCCCAUCCGCCGCUCUCAGCGCUGAACAUGGGCCCUAUCGGUCAGCUGUCCCGGACGCUCAAUAGAGUCUUCACUCCUAUUACACAUCCUUUACUGCCGAUAAUUGCCGCGCCAGGUCAGCUUAGUGCUGCUGAGAUCAACUUCCGACUUCAUUCUAUGGGCCAGAUGCCCAAGCUCGACCUGUAUGCCAUUGGCAAUGUCCAUCAUACGGGUCAAGCAAUGUUCUUCGAGAAGUGUCUGAACGAGCUUAGUCUGCCGCACCAGCUGCUAUGUAUCGAGCGCACAUCACAAAGCUCCGUUGAGCGCUUCAUCACUAGGCCUAGCUUCGGUGGCGCUUACAUCAACCCGCCUUUGCCAGCUACGGCACCUUAUCUACCCAAGCUCUCUAACGCUGCAACGACUAUAGGCCAGAUCGACACGGUUGUCGCUCACGCAACGUCAGGCGGCAAAGUGCUCCUGGGAGACAAUGUAACCUGGAAAGGCAUAAGAGCGAUGCUCACACGGGACUUUGUACCCUCAGCGUACGCCGGACAGGCGGCUUUAGUGCUGGCCAGCCAUGAGUCUCAGGCCGCAGCGGCCAUAUUUGCCCUGACAAGUCUCGAAAUUGGGACUAUACAUACGAUCGGCUUUAAGGCGAAGGGCUCCAUUGCCGCCGACAUACAGCAGUUCCAUACGCUGGAGGACAUGAAGAAAGUGAGCAGGCCGUUUGUCGUCAUAUCUGCACUACCGUCGGAAAAGACGUUCGUGGUGUCACCUCUGCUCAAGCAUUACAGCAGUAGCUUCAAGGAGCGUCCCGGGCGGAUAUUUGUUGAUCUAUCGAGCGGUGUGCGAGGCAGAGGUGACUCCGUGGCAUUGGCGGAUUCGUUAGGGUGGACGGCGUAUGGUAUAGCCGACGUCAACGGUUGGACGACGGUUGAAACGCUGCGUCUCCUAGUAGGGCAGAACGUGCCCUUCGACUUCGUAUGUCUGGCAGCUGGAAGGAGCUUGUACAGAUGACCAAGCCAGACGCCAUCACGGUCAUGAUUGGCCUCGCGUGCAGCAACGACCUAACAUGCCUGAUCAGGAGCUGCAGCAUGGUGGCUGGCUAAGGCCGUAGGAGCUUGUUGGCGCUUUUCAAUCGUCUCAUGCUCUCCCGUGGUACUCCCAUCCCCUAUACGUGCUCUAAACGAGGGUACGAUGGACAGGCCAUAUCAUUGUUGUGGAACGGCUCGGUUAAGCAAUAGGCUGCUCCCUGUCAGCUUCACAGUCCAAACGCUAAAUCGUUUUGGUGCAUGCUUCUCCUCCGUAACGCAUGUAGAUAAUGUGCUUUCCGGACUUGCUCAACCGAAUAUGGUUUCAUGUCGCUAAACGAGCCCUAUCUAGCUCGUGAACUGCUUGGCCACG